UUGUGGGCGUGCCGGGCGGUCCGGUCCGCGUGAUGUCACCUGCGUGCGACAGCAUCAGCAGCAGCAACAACAACAACAGAAGCAGCAGCAGUAGCUGCUGCAGCACCAGCAUCGGCAGCCACAACAGUCGCUCGAGAAAACGCUGACAACAACAAUAACAGCGGCGGCAACAACAACAAUAACAACAAUAGAUUGCGACGAGAGAGAGGAGGGAGGGAGGGAGGCCCGUCAUGGAGGCGAACGUUUGAAAGCGGAAGGGUUUAGAAAAUCGGAGUCUCUUAUUCCACUGCCGUGUUCUCGCUUAUCGUAUAUUUAUUUUAAAUAUAAUCUCUACCACUUCGCGAGAGGGGUGUUUUUUAUUUUAUUCCUCGCUUCCUCAUAGCUUUACGAUUUUAUGUUUCAUUAUUUUUUUUUAGAGCGCAAUACGUUGCCGUCAAAUAAGUAGUUCGGCUGCGUGCAAAGUAGUUGGGAGCUGUCUGUGUUUGGUGUGGUGGUAGUUUACCACCGUGUUCUUUAGUAGUACUGUAGCAAGUACGUGUUGCCAGUACACAGCCACUGUUAUGGUAAGUCACGUUGUUGAGUACUGUUGUGUACUGCUGGCGGUGGUGUUAGUUGGUGUCGUAGUGUAGGCGCUGAUGUAAGCAGUAUUAUCAGUACCGUGAUUUUAGCAAUUGUGGAACUGUGGUUCAUGUCGUGAGCAACACCGUGUUGUGGUAACACUGGUUAUAUGUGUUGAUAAAAGUGCAGCAGUUGCAAGUAAACCUUUGUUAGAACGCCUGCUUAUCGCAGUUGUGUAGUGCCCUGCAGUACUGCUCAGGUGUGUUAGUACUACACUGCAGUGCCGUGGUGGUAGUGAUUGUUGGUAGUGAUUGUUGGUAGUACUUUCAAAGCGGUGGUUGUGAGCAAUUUCCCAAAUUCGUGCUGACUUUUUGGUUGUGUCGUUGAAAGUGCUGCGCAUAUCACGCGAUUUCUGUUAAUGCUGAACUUGUGGUCGUGUUCUGAGUUAAAUGUAUUCGGUGCUUUCAAGCACUUUCAAGUCAGCUGUUCGGUUGGAGUGGCGGUUACCUGUGGUCGUUCAAAAAUUAGGUGGGCACAACCUGCCAGAAUUGUAAGAAACCGGCCGUAUUGAUUUUGAAUUUCAAAAUAUUUCCCUCGGGCAGGGUCUCCCACUACAGAGAACUAAAUAUUUAAUCAAAGUCCCGUGAAACGUGCAAACAAAGUUCAGAAAAGGUCCCGGGACACGUCGCACAGACAUCGUUGUUGCUGUUGGUAGUUUCUGCGAUAGUAGUAACGCUCGUGCCACUGCUGCGUCAGUAAUGAAAUUGUGAGGGCCCAACCACCACAGCAGCCUCUGCCAACAGCAGCCAAAUAUCAUCGGCCAUGGGAGGCAAACAGAGCUCAAAUGCCCGCACGAGAGCCUUCUCCAGCUCGGACGUUCCCAGCCCAGGCCAUGGAGGGUCCAGCUCUGCUGCCUACCGAGGUCACCGGUCUACCCAUGGCCUUCUCGGCGGAACCUCCGCUUCGUCGUCGUCCGCCACCUCCUCGGGCCGCAAUCCACCGAUCGGCAUCCCAGGGGGCAGGGUGGCCACGGGGCCAGGAGUCCAUGGAUCUGGCGCCGAUGAUGUGGGAGGAGGGAGACAGAGGCUCUUCAACAUGCUCAGCUCUGCUGGGAUGUCGCAGUCGCUGCCCGUGCAACUCACGCCACACCUGCUUGGGGGCCUCAAGUGCCCCAUCUGCUCCAAGUUCGUGGACUCGGAUGAAGUUGAGGCGCAUCUGGUCAUGUGCCUCACCAAGCCUCACAUCUCGUACAACGAGGAUGUGCUGGCCAAGGAUUCGGGGGAAUGUCCCAUCUGUCUGGACGACAUGGAUGAGGGGAACACUAUUGCCCGGUUGCCCUGCCUCUGUAUCUACCACAAACAGUGUAUCGAUUCCUGGUUCGAGGUGAAUCGAUCCUGCCCAGAGCACCCUUCGGACUGAUUCGGAAGCACACCCAAGAGGCGCCCGUGACGUUUGGUUUUUUGAACAGCGGUUGGCAUUGAAGAGGGCACGCGCACCACCCUAUGUAGAGUUUUAGGGAACCGCUCGAUCGUUGGCAAAGCACCACGGUGGCACAGGAGAUUUGUGAAUCUCUAAAACAUUGUGCCCGGCAGUUCUUCAAUUCAAAUUGUUUUCGACUUUGCAGGCCAACUGUGAAGAUUAAAGCACACAACGGUGUUUUUGUUUCCCUUGAGGAAAGUAACAAAGCCAUGUAAUCUCGGUAUCACAACAUUUUUUUGAAAGCAGAAUUAAGUGUACAUUGAAAAAUGAUGAAUUCAAAUGGAAUGUCACCUUUUAAGUAUCUUAAUUCUGUCUGAAAUCAUUCUCACCUAACCGGGUGUGCCAGUUGACCCAGAAGAGGCAUUUGGCAGGCAAAAGAAAAUGCACCUUCAUGACUUUAUGACUAAGCCUCCCCUUCUCGCCCUCCUGGCUCACGCAAUCGUCAGCUCGCCAACACUUGCAGUUUCUGAAAAGUGGCAUCAGGUGGCACCGGAGCGUCCAGGGGAUGUGAUGAACACGCACCAAGCGGGAGCAUGGGGGCUGCCAAGAUGUGAACCAAUGAGGGCACUCGGUGGAGACCAGCACCUUACGUGACACAAAGCCAUGAACUCGAUACCACGGGGGUGUGGGGGGGUCCAUAAGCUGGAAGCUCCUCCCACAGCGACUUGCGAAGGAAUGGCACCAAACGGGCCUCACCUUCGUGCUCCUCUGCGCCUUCCCUUGGCCUCUGCGGACAACACACCGUGCGGACAUGCCACUUGAGCUCUGUUUGGCACGUUAAGAAUUGUGAGCACGGGAUGAUUGGUUUCCCUGGCUUCCGGUGUUUGGAAUGUUCAACCACUGCGUCCGGGCUUCUUCGCUUCACGAACCCCCGCCAGCUUCCACGUCCUGCUCGUGUGGCGUUGUGUGUGUGUGUGAAACGUGUGGCUUGUGUGUGUGUGUGAAACGUGUGGCUCUGUUUGCUAGGAGUAUAUGCCAGCACCUGUUGUACAGUCUGCAUACAUGCCAUUAGAGCAUCGUAUAAUCAGCUGUACCACAAUCAACCUUUAUACAUAGGAAUAUGUCUUAUUAUAUUUGUAUGCCAAAACUGUACAUAAAAGAGUGCGGUGGGAUUUAUUUUUAUUUCUGCUAUUUCCUUUUGGGUGCUCGUCGUGAACGGUUGGAAAAAAUGCUUUUUAGAGUAAAUGAUGAUCGGAAAUGUCAGCUGCUUUUAUAGUUGCAAUCAACUGUGUUAAACUGUAAGUGUAAUUAAUAGAAAUUAACAUGCAAUUACAACCUGGUGGAUCGAUGUAACAUGUUGCGCUAUAUGGUGAUCUUCCCGUCCGGUUAAUUCUGCAACCUUUGUCUGGCCACUUUAUUUUUUUGUUCUUAAGCGCAAUCACGGCCACAGAACCUUGAGCUUUUUGUUUCGGUAUUCCGCAGGUGGAGUGCCUUCAUUCUAAUGGCAGUGCUAAACAAGUUCCCAAAUUGGCACUUUCAAGAAAAUACAUUUAAUCCUCCAAAUCCCUAAUCCUCCGCCUCUUCAUGUUCAUAACACCCAUUCGUACCCCAAGCCAUACACAUUGCGUUCAAAGUCCUCCAGAGUCCUCUGAUCACACGGAUAAUGAGAACAACCCUCUAAUAACUGAGGUGGAGGCAUUUUAUGGAUUGACAAAAACCGUAUCAAUUCACGUCCUGUAAACCAGCCAAGGGGUUGCCGUGUGCCGCACACGGUGUUCGGUUUAUUAUGCCAAAUGCUAAUCGUCUGGGUCUUUAUUCCACGCAGGUUGUGACGUGAAAGGGAUAAAUAACCAUGCUGGUUUUUGUUAAUUCAUCUUGUUGGCACUGGUAGUCUCUGAAACCUGUGUACGAUGCCUCAAUUGUUCCUCGUCUUAUUUUGCUUUUCGACAUCAGCUGUUAUGAAACCCAUUAUUUUUGCCCCCUUUACAUAGUAACAUUCUCACAAUAAUUUUGCCAGUAGCAGCAGAUUAGUUGCUGCGUAAUUGGGCCUACAUGUUAUGCAGAUGAUCAAAAUACUGGUGGUAAAAUAGCAAUACAGAACAGGGGAGUACACAGGCGAAGCAGAGUAGAAGGAUCCCCUAACAGUGAAUAGUAGGCUCCAUAGUACAUGCGACACUGCUGUGCCUCUUAGAUUUCCCUCGAUGGAGCGGCUUGUCUGCGAGUGACGGAAUGGUGGAGUGUGCUAUACAUAUCAGAGGGGAUGGAAGCAGCAUCCAAUGCCAUGUGCAGGUAUACCGGGGAUGAAAAGCACUUUCAUAAACGUCCUUUAGGGGGCAGCACAUACUAAUCUAAAUCUUGAUUGUACGUUGAAGCCUAUUUUUGGAUUUGUCAAGCCUUUUACUAAUUAUCUACACGAAAAUUAAUGACGAGCACCACAUUGAUAGAAAAAAAAUUCAAUCGAGUGCUGCUGUUACGGCCAGUGCAGUAUAUUCGUGCGCGAUUGGCUGUGUGCGGUUUGACAUCGGGCUCCGUGAUUGCAGAGGACCUGCCGAACUUUGAUCGCGAUGAGGUGCGAGUGGAUUUUAUGCCAGACCGGGAACCAUGCUUUCACAAGUGGAACCUCGCGAAUUGUCCCCACCAGGGACGUUAUCCACAGGGUCGAUUGUUCCUGAUUCCGCUGCUCUUUUCGAACCAACCAACCAAGCGACCUCAAGCAAAUCAGCAGUGGCCGGCUGGGACCGCGUCAUUGGUUGGUUACUGAAAGGCAGGGAGAUGAUGGUCCAUUUUGUAUGGCUUUAGGAGUGCGAUGGAGGGGUCUGCUGGAGACAAAUACUUGAUAACCCACAAAAUAUUGUCAAAAAAAGUAGGCUCUCAUCGACCAUCGACAACUCCAAGUGUAUGAACAUGAGCAAAUUAUUAAGUUCAUUAUUGAGGCCAUCUGCAGCAUCUGCGGGAAGAUACGGUGCAAUAAAGCAUAUCAAAAAUAGACUUAAGUGUUCCAAUUGAUAUAGAAUGUUAUCUUAAAAUGCACGUGUGGGUUAGUGACUUUCCAGCACGCCCCUUCAUUGAAGUGAAGCAUUUUUUUUGUAAAGCAUUGUUGGUGUUCACAAUGGUCUCGUCGUGUGCUUCGCUCACGAGCAGUACACCCAGUGUGGUCCUGACUCGGAUGUAAGUUGCCAAAGUGAACCUGUGGAACAGGCACUGUACAAGCACAAAUGCUGUGCAACAUUCCCCUGCCUUAGUGAGCUGGACCAUUGGGAACGGUUCACGCUGAAAAAUACUGGACUUGAAAUAGCGUAUCGCCACUUGUAGUUGCUGCUGCUGGAUUCUAUCCUUUGGCGGGUGGGGAGUGGUCAGUCGAUCGCACAUUACCGAAAUGCAUAUAUUCCCUUUCGCACUUUAAAUUAAUUGAGGGUUCUCGUAAGAAUAUGGCGUUUGGAAUGGUUCACUGGUGUGUGGUUUGCUGUAUAGGAGCAAAAGCUUUCAAACGUGGGCCAGUUGUGCGUUUGUCUAAAUCAUGCAUUCACCCAGGGCUGCUUGGGAACUUUGAAUGUAUCAAGUUUGUGGCCGGAAGUGGCAGGUUGCAAGCCUGUUGUGGUUCCAGUUAAUGGGGCAUUGCAGAAGCAAAGUGGAUAAAGCUGGGCUAUUCCAUAUGUAAGUAUAAUCUAUUACCCCACCGGUUAUUGGUUUGAUUACUCAACUAAACUGACAACACGAAUAUAGCCACAUAUGACGCUAGACGGGAGGUAAUGGGCGAGGCAUCGUGACAUCAUCAGCUGCGUCACACUUGUGUCCUGUAAGAGGUUUCCCACCUUCGGGAAGAACCGAAAUGAUCGACCACAACAAAAGUAGUCGAUAUUAAAUUUUGACCGAUUAAUUUACUUAAUGAAUUCAUUAUCCCAUCUUUAAAAUUAAAUGUUAUAGAUCUUCUGAAAUAUGUUGUUCUGAUAGAACCACAGUAUGUCAUGGGCAAAACAAAAUAUCAGAUGCUUUCAUAUUUUUUUUUAAUAAAUGCAUUGAAUUUUUCACUCCAUUAAAUUACAAUUUUUUUUAUCUGAUUUUUUUAACUUGUUUUACAUAGUGCUUAUGAUCUACGGUAGAUUUUAAACUGCCAGAUAUCAAAAACUUUCUCUAAGCAAAUAUGUAUAAUACGCUCUUUAUUUUUCUGCAGCAUUAAAAUAUUCACUUGGACAUUUAUACGUCUUCAACGAUGCAGUUGUCACACUUUACAACCGAGCCACGCCAGGGCCGUGCCCAGACAAACCCGGUGCAGCUAUAAGAGACGCUAGUUCUUCCACUACGGAAUCCGAGUUGUGUCGCUGAUGUCGCAGGCAAUGGCACAUCGAGAUACUUGUAGAUAAUGUCACACCGGACCCUACCUCUGGUCCAGCAUGGCUGGCCGUGAGCCAGAUUCAGAUCUUUUGUUGAGCCACCCUAUCACAAUGUGGAUCUGGCUCGUCACGCGAAAUAGCCAGUGGAACACCACAUUUACUAUGAUGGCUCUUGCCCUGCGGAUGUGCCAGUGGAAAAUUGGUGACACUGUCCACAAUAAUCACAGCUCAAAGCAGCCUUGUUGGGAUAACAGCAACCUCACAGUAGCCUUUGAGUUUUUUCGUGUAAUAAGAGGUCGAGUGGUAGUGAAAUGUGACAUGUGACAAGAUAUAAUCCAGAGAUAAAUGAAUUAAAUGUAUUGGCUUUGUGCAAUUAUUAUAAAAUCAUAGACAUUGCUUUAUUCUGUCAUAUAUUAAAACAUAAUUUUGCAAAACAUUAACAUUUUGACAUGUAUCCAUAUCGGUGCCAUGAUUCAUGUAGAUACAAUUCACAGCUGCAUACACACAUUCAGAUUUGUUAAUUGGUUAGAACUGAUGUAAUGAUAACAUGAGUUUUAUAAUGUAGAGUAAAAUAAAAAUAAAAAAUUUUAAUGUAUAGGUCGUAAUAAGCAACAGUGUGUCAGGGAGUACGGUGGUAAAAGGCCAAUCGUAUAAUCAAAGCUAAGCUGUAGUCCCUACUCUGCUUUCAGUGUCAACAUCUGUGAUGCAGUCAUUUGCAUUAUCUGCAUUCACCUCCUGUAUUCAGGUUCAUUGCACCUUACGAAAAUCCACGACGGAUUUGGGACUAAUCUCUGAUAAACUGUUGCCACUUUUUUAUUACAGGGCAGUACGUCAUGGGGCAUAACUCAGCACUGCUGUUCUUGAUUUAAUAUUAAAAAACAGUGUCAGUGAGAGCCCCUGACUGGACUCUUAAUGAGGUUCAACGCACAUACGUCGUCAUUUGUAUGAGAGGAAAAAAAAAUCACAUCCUUAACUUUUACAGCCUUUCGUGUCGGUAAUUCGUAAGGCAGCUCGACGUCUCGUCGAGAAACCUGGCGUUCACUGCAAAGAGAAUGAACCACAAUCGCUGUUGCGGGGCGAGUGGUGAGGAGGUGCAGGUUGUCGCUUGACGGCGGAGACACCCGCCCACCCUUGAAGGGACGAGCGAUCGUCGAAGUCGUCGGUGCGAACGCUCGCCAGGGCCCUCUCGACGUGGCCGUCAUCCCUCGCUCUAGAGUCCCAUCCGACUGUUUUUUCGCGCGCCUUCAGACGAGACGCGCGGGGCAAACUCGAAGGCCCCCCACCCCCCCACCCCCCUACCCACGCGGACACUGGGGGGAGUUUUCUUGGAUGCGAUAUCACCCGACGGAGCCAAAUGGCUGUAACCGCAUGCGGGCAGCGCCAAGCCAUUCUAGUCGAUCGCUCAGAAUUGGAUUUGUGCGCCGCGCAUGCUGUUUUCAAUUUGGCUGCCGAGCAAUGCAUCGCACGCGACGAAUGGUGCAAAGCGAUUCACGAUGGCCAGACGAUCUCGCCCACAGCCCCUUUCAUUUCAUCUACGGAUCCUCGGCAACUGGAACCCUAUGAAAGUGGAUGGUAAUUUCACAGGUCACAAGACAGGGCUUCCCGCUCCGACGUGGCUUUCAAUUUCGGACGUCGAAAUUUUCUUGGCGAGGUCAAACGUUUAUAUUUUGCGCGUGGCGUGGUCGUGCCGCUGGAAUGUGUCCCGAGACGCGAGUUAUUAACGAACCUGGUCCACGUGGCUUCGCCAGCGAUCCUUGUCACUCGGAAAGUGGGAAUUGAACUCGCAACUGUAGAGCCAACAACCAGCUCAGCCGACGCCUCUCGACAAAGUAACGGAGGGUUUAAUCAUUCCGAUAGUUAUUUAAACUUAAUGCGAGGACCUUUGUCAUUGCAGUUUUUGCACUUAAGGGUGCCAACUUCACUGAAAAAGGACACUUGAACUAGGAAAUGUAUACAUCUAUUUUACUAACUUUUUAGUUAAAGUGUAUUGUUUUCUUCUAAAAUGAUAAUGCUGCUGUAUUCUACAUAGAGAACAUUCCAUGGUUUAUUUUUUUGAAUGUAGCGCUAAACCUUUCUGCUGUGCAAAGUUUAUUAACCAGGGGCCAUCAUGCGCAAAUGUCAUCGUGACAUUGACGUAUGCGCUCAUUUCUCUCAGUCGCCCACCGUUAAUGGAACGUGCGUGCAUCAGGACACGUGCACAACACAGUGCGUUGGUUACGGGGGGAGGGUUUCAAAACUGCAGGCUCUUUCUUCCGGCACACUUGUUGUGUACCUCCUUUUCCACUGCGCAACUGGGCCACAGCCAGGCCCCAUGCCAAGCCAGCCAAGUGCGGCUCAGGAUGUGCCGGGUUGUUUUUGCACCGCACCACCCGCAAUGAACGUGUCGAGUCGCGUGUAGACGUGACGCGGUGACGCUUUUGUCCUCACUGUACUAAAUGGCAUCACUCGCAAUGAAUGCGUUAUUAGCGAGGCCCUGUUUGUCCCCGAGUCGCACUCAGAUGGCUUGUGAGGCCAGCGCAUCACUGUGCGGUUCCGGCUCGGGCAAGGCAAAUAGCCAGUGGAAAUCCACCCAUGCCGUAAGUGCACUGCACUGGCUCGGCUUAGAUGUCACAGUGGAAACGGGUGUUGUUGACAGUUGAGGCUGUAAUGCGUAGAUUGCAAGGAUUACAAAGGGCCAGUCAAAACGUUGUUUUGAGUGUCACCAGAAUCAGCCACGCCGACCUAAUGAGAGAAGCCUAUUUUGAAAACUCUGAUUUUUUUUGUCGGUAAUAUAAUACAUUCAAUUGGCUUUAAGGGUUGUAGUGCUCGUCUGUGUACUUUUAAUAUCACGUUGUCAAUUUUCCGCCCGCUUCUCACGCUCUCCCCGCUGGGUUGGUGGAUUUUGUGAAUAUUAUUCACGUGUACUGUAUUGAUCUGCAUCGUGAUUUGUAAAAAAAUAUAUGAAUUAUAAUAAAAUGGUAAUUUCAUAUCACA